AUGUAUGGUGCUGAUGAGAGCGAUCUGACAGCUGUGGCUUCCCAUGCCAUCUCUUCAUCAGUCCAGCCUGCUGUAUCGGAUGAGCCCAUAGCGAGCAUCCAGAACCCUCCUGCCCCUGUUAUCCCACUGGCACAUUUCCCAGCAUCAUUGGUACCCACCACUGCCAUCUCUUCUGCCCCAUCCAAGAUCAGCGAUGCCAGGUCAGUUCCUUCCCCAUACACCUGGUCCCGAUAUAGAUCGGCCAGAUCUCUUCAGCCCCUGGGUAUAUCUUCUUCUUCCUACACUGUGCGGGUACCAGCAGGAGGUGCCCUCGGGGAGACGAUCUUCACUCUCCCCGAUAAGAGGUAUCGGGGGAAAUGGUUUGAGAUCAGUUGGCCCUCUGAUCCCCCAAUGAAGAUUGAGAGCGGAUCUGGUCGGCUCUACCUGACCCAGAAGCUGCAAGGAGGACAGACCGAGAUCCAAGUGAAGGUCCACAACCUGGAGCAAGGAGGUGGCAGGAAUAGUGACUGGUACCUGUGCCACAUAACCAUCAUUGUGCCCAGAGAGGAGAGUUUGGAGUGGACCAUGUAUCCCUUCCCUUACCUGGCUUGUGUAGAUCCCAAAGCACCAAAAGGCACCUUUGUGUACCAGCUGCUAGCCCAUUACUACAAUGAUGAGAGCUCUGGCGGUGGGAUAUCAUACUACCUUAUGGAAGGUUCUGUCCAGCAGUUUGAGGUGAACAGGGAGACGGGUGUCAUCAGCACAACUGGAUUACCUCUGAUUUGGAAUAAGGAAUAUGCUCUCAGGGUGCAAGCCAUCGACAGACAUGGGAAAAAGAGUCCGUACGCAUCGGUCUCAAUUUUGGUCGGCUUGCGGCCUCCUCAGUUCACCAAUAUGACGUACAGUCUGCUUGUCUCAGAAAGCACAGCCGCCGGGGAGAAAAUAGCAGUUGUAGAAGCUGUGUCUUUCCAGAGCCAGCCGAUCACCUACAGCUUGCUGAUGAAUCCCAGCAGCAUCUUCAUCAUUAGCCAGGAGAACGGAGAGCUGAGCCUCACCCAUGCCGUGGACUAUGAGAGUGAACACCACCUCUACCACUUGUUGGUAAAAGCUGUGGAGGCCGACAGUGGACUCAGCUCGGUCACUGAGGUCAUGGUUCACAUCAUAGAUGAUAAUGACUGCUCUCCUGAGUUCCUAAGGUCUAUAUACAGCCGAGACAAUAUUUUGGAGAAUAUCCCUGUGGGGACAUCCUUGUUACAAGUGACAGCCCAAGACUGUGACUCUGGCACAAACGCAGAGAUUUCCUACUUCAUUCAAAGCUCAGAGUUUUCCAUCACAUCACAAGGAGUCAUCCAUUCCAGCCAGAUACUUAACUAUGAGCGAGCCAACCACAUGUAUGAAUUUGUAGUAGUAGCUGUGGACAAGGGGAACCCCCCUCGUACUGGAACAGCAUCUGUACGUCUACGCAUGGCCAAUGUCAAUGAUGAAGCCCCUGUCUUCUCCCAGACUGUAUAUAACACUUUCCUGUCUGAAGAUGCGGGGCCAAACACCUUAGUCGCCACAGUCCAUGCUAAGGACCCAGAUGGGGAUGGAGUGUUGUACUUCAUUGUUGAAGGGAAUGAAGAUGGCAACUUUCAACUGGACAGUGAAAAAGGUAUCUUAAGACUUCGUAGAAUGCCUAUGCCCAAGUUGACGAAAACUCAGUAUGUGUUGAAUAUCUCUGCAGUGGAUGAUAAUAUUUCUGGGGGACCAUCCUCAUUAAUCGGCUUCACUAAAGUCAUUGUAGGAAUAAAUGAUGUUAAUAAUAAUAAGCCCAUUUUCAGAGAGUGUCUUCAGUACAGUGAGAACACUUGGGUUCUAGAGAACCAGCCUCCAGGUACCUUCGUCCUGCAAGCAGAAGCUUAUGAUGCAGACACUGGUGUGAAUGGGGAAGUGAAGUAUGGAAUAAUGAACAGAGAGGGAGCCAGUCCAGCAUUUUCCAUCGAUGCAGAUACUGGUGUGAUCAGCACAGCUCAGAAUUUCGACCGGGAGAAGCAAAGAGAGUACACAAUCUCAGUGACUGCCACAGACCAAGCUCAGGAGCCUCUGAUUGGCAUCUGUCCAAUGACUAUUCUUAUUGCCGACGUCAACGAUAACGACCCUAAAUUUGAGAACAGUCGUUACCAGUAUUUCCUUCGAGAAGAUACUCCAGUUGGAACGAGUUUCCUUCGUGUCGCUGCUCUGGACAGUGAUCAAGGAGUUAAUGCCGCCAUCAGUUAUACAAUAUCAGCACAACAGCCAGAGUAUUUCCAGAUAAACCCCAGCACAGGAUGGCUGUAUGUCAACUAUCCCAUCUCCCAGACUUCUCGCAUCACACGGUACAUUUUUGCCACAGAUGGGGGGAACCGCAGCACCAGUGUUGAGCUUACAGUGACCAUCACUAACAUUCUUAACCAGCCACCACAAUGGGAGCAAACAAGAUACUGGGUCUCUGUUCCAGAAAACAUCACUCGGGACACCAAUAUAGUGACAGUGAAAGCCACAUCUGUACUGGGUGACCCACGUAUCACAUACAAUAUGGAGGAAGGGCUUGUACCAGAGACAAAUAACCCCAUUCGUUUCUACCUGAAGACAAACAGAACUGAUAGCUCAGCAUCCAUAUUGAUAUCUGAACCCCUGGAUUAUGAGGGCACCAAAUUCUUCGCCCUGAAGAUCAGAGCCCAGAAUGUUGCUACAGUACCUCUAGCAUCUUUUACAACAGUUUAUGUCAAUGUGACUGAUGUUAAUGACAACGUUCCAUUCUUCACAUCCUCCACUUAUGAAGUGACGUUACAAGAAGGAGCUGAGAUUGGAUCAUCGAUUGCACAAGUUACAGCCAUGGAUCUAGACUCUGGCCUACAUGGAAAGGUCCGCCACUGGAUUGCAGGUGCCAAUGCCAAGCUUAGAUACCAGAUCACCAGUGGAAAUGCCAAGGGGAUAUUUGAUGUGGAGCCAGAGAUCGGAGCAAUCUUUCUCACCCAGAGCCUGGAUUAUGAGCAGGGCGUUUGCUUCAAGCUGAGGCUAGUAGCUUCAGAUGGUAAAUGGGAAAAUCACACUCUUGUGGUCAUCAACGUGAUCAAUUUAAACGAUGAGGCCCCAGUCUUCACAGAGAGUGAAUAUCAUGGUAGUGUUCUGGAGGAACUGACCGAGCACCCUAUACUGGUGCUGCAAGUUUCUGCUACCGAUCCUGACCAAGAAGCAGAUCAGAGUGCUCUCCGUUACUCUUUACAUGGCCAGGGAGCCAACAGUGAGUUCAUCAUUGACCAAUACAAUGGAAAAAUAUACGUACAGAGAACACUAGACCGAGAACAGCGUGCGACUUGGCGCUUUCUGGUUCUUGCCACUGAUGAAAAUGGUGAAGGCUUGAGUGGAUUCGCUGAUGUGAUUGUUGACAUUAAGGAUGUCAAUGACAAUCCACCUGUGUUCUUGUGCACCUCUGAUGGCUGCUUUAUGGGCUAUGUACCAGAAAAUUCCCCUGCAGAUACUACAGUGAUGGAGAUGGCAGCUUUUGACUUGGAUGACCCAAAAUCUGGGAAGAAUGCCAUUUUAACCUAUAGAAUUAUCCAGAAUGUCCAAAACGAAAUAAACCUUCAUUUGUUUGGAAUUCACCCCUCCACUGGCUCCAUUUACACUGUUCUGGGAUCUCUGGAUAGGGAGAAAGAGGACAGAUACCUGAUUGUUGUGGAAGCUAAAGAUGGAGGUGGCCUUUCUGGCACUGGAACUGCCACCAUUAUAGUAUCUGAUGUGAAUGACCAUGCCCCUGUAUUCGCUCAGAAAAUGUACACAGCCUUUGUUCCUGAAUGUUCUGGUGUUAACAGCGAGGUGACUGUUUUACAAGCCUGGGACAAUGAUGAAGGGGAAAAUGCAAUGAUGGCAUUCAGCAUUGCUGGAGGAGACGAUGACCGCAAAUUCUUUAUAGAGACAGAUAAGAUCCACAAACGGGGAAUCCUUCGUCUCAGGAAAAAGGUGGACUACGAAAAACCUUACGAGAGAUCCUUUAAUCUGACCGUAAAAGUUGAAGACAUGGAUUUCUUCAGUGUGGCCUACUGCAUCAUCCAUGUUGAAGACUCAAAUGAUCAUGCUCCAGUGUUCUAUCAAUAUAUGUAUGAGUUGCCUUCAAUGUCUGAAGAUGUCUCUAUUGGCACACCAGUCGUCCGGGUAUCUGCAGUUGAUUUGGAUUCAGGAGUGAAUGGUUUGUUCUCCUAUCACAUUCUAGACUCUUCUGAUCCUGGUGGUCAGUUCUUAGUGGAUCAUGAUGGCAACGUUGUGGUCUCUAGGCCAUUAGACAGAGAAGCAUUUCUUUAUCAUCGGCUGGUGGUACUAUCCACAGACAUGGGUGAACCAGCCCUCACUGGAAGUGCAACCAUUGUCUUCAGCCUUGAGGAUGUCAAUGAUAAUGCUCCUGAAUUUGAAGUCCAGUAUAGUCCAAUCAUCUGGGAAAACUCGGAAUAUCCCCAUGUUGUACAAAUAAACAAAACAUCAACAUUAUUAUAUGCUAAAGACAAUGACACAGCAGUCAACGGUCCCCCAUUUUCAUUCUACUUAAGUGACUCUCCGAUCACUGGUGAUUGCAGCCUGACAGACUUUCACAAUGGAAGUGCCAUGAUCACUGCUCUGCGCAGCUUUGACAGAGAACUGCAAAAGGUGUUGUAUUUACCAAUUGUUAUUACUGACAGUGGGAGUCCUCCUUUGACAUCAACAAACACAUUAACAGUUGUAAUCGGAGACAGAAAUGAUCAUCCUCAUUCUUCUGGACACAUGGACUAUCAUGUCUACUCAUAUAAGGGAAUGCUAACAGCGGUUGCCCUUGGAAAAGUGGUAGCGCCAGACCUAGAUGACUGGGAACACAAAUCGUAUCACCUAGAAAGUAAAUCGAGGAUUUUCUCUCUCCAUGAUGCAUCCGGCAUGUUGACCAUAAGAGAAGGGGCUCUGCCAGGCACCUAUAAACUGAGGGUGAGGGUGACAGAUGGUGUGUGGCCUGAUGUGGUCUCUACAGUUAAGGUUGUCCUCACUGACAUUACUGAGAAGGAAGCUCAUAAUGCUGGAGCCAUGAGAUUGCAUGGUAUCACAGCUGAAGAAUUCAUAGCUCAGAAACCCAACUUCGGAAGCAAAUAUGAACAGAUGAGGGAUCUUCUGUCGGACAUAAUCCCCUGUGGACAGGAGAAUGUGAAACUGUUCAGUGUAUUGAAUGUUCCUGUCCUGCAUAACACAACUGAUGUCUGGUUUACAGUAUCUGGACCUCCUUAUUGCCAGGCCGAAAAACUUAAUGGGAUUGUGGCAUCCCACCUAGACAAGAUAGAAUCUGCACUGGGUGUACAUGUGGAUCACAUUGGAGAAGAGGAGUGUGAUAAGAUGCAGUGCAGCCACAAGACUGGAUGUAUCAUUGGAAAAACCUACAAACACAUGCCCACUAUGAUCACAUCUCCCAAUGUCUCCUUUGGAUCGGUAACUGUUGUGACACAAGUCCAAUGCUCCUGUGCUGCACGAGAGUAUCAGCACCUGUCCUGCUCCUCCUAUUCAGCCAACCCAUGCAUUAAUAGAGGCACCUGCAUAGACACUGCACUUGGAUAUAGGUGUGAAUGUCCCCCUGCUUACCACGGACCUGAAUGUCAGCAAACAAAACGCUCCUUUACUGGACACGGUUAUGCCUGGUUUCCACACUUGCAGCUCUGCUAUGAAAGCCAGAUCUCCCUGGAUUUCAUCACUGACGUAACUGAUGGCCUUCUGCUGUACAAUGGUCCCAUGUCUGCCAGUGAUCAUGGAGAAUCAGAGGAUUUCAUUGCUCUUGAGCUUCACAAUGGAUCUCUUUCCCUCUCUGUUAACCAUGGCUCUGGAUCUCUCUUCUUGACGUUUGCAAAAAAAUCUGAAGUGUCAGACCAGCGCUGGCAUAACCUAAAAAUCAUGAGCAAUAGCAAGAGAGUGAAGAUGACCCUUGAUAACUGCUUGGGAGAGCUGGUGAAUGAAGACUCUGAUGGAAUAUCAACAGAUCGAUCAAGGUGUGAAGUGUCUGGAGAAACACCUGGGAGCAAGAGAUUCCUCAAUGUCUAUCAGCCCCUGCAGCUUGGAGGAGUAAAGAAUGUACCAGGCAGCAUUCAUCGAUCCAUCCACUUCAGGGGGUUUUCUGGCUGUAUCAGGAAUCUGCAGGUUGAUAGUAAGGUGUAUGAUUUGGAAAAGCCCCUGGAGUCAGUGAACAGUGCUGCAGGCUGUGCUAUGACAGAUGAGCAGUGCAGUACGAUUGGGUCGCCAGGAUGUGGAAGACAUGGAUUCUGCAUAAGUGAUCGGACCUCUGCUAAAUGUGCCUGCCAUCCAGGACAUUAUGGGGAGCUCUGUGAUUCAGUUCUACAGGAAUGGAGCUUUGAGAAAGGAAGUUGGAUUCAUUAUGUGAUUCAUCAUCCGCUCAGCCCGCACUAUACUUACGUACAGCUUAUGCUUCGAACACGAAUAUCUUCCAGUUCUAUACUCCACCUGACUUCCAGGGACAGAUCUUCUUUCCUGAAGCUGGAGAUCAAUGCAGGACACUUUGCUGUUAGUUUCAACUUUGGGGAGCGGAGUCAUGUGAUCAGGCUGCCCGACCUGCGUAUAGAUCACGGGCGAUGGGUACGGCUGAGCCUGGAGCGCUAUGGCAAUGUCUUCACAUUGCGCAUUGAGAGAGGAGGUGGCGUCCGAGAAGUGACAGCUACUAUGGGAAAAAGUGGAUUGUUCGAAGCUGAUCCAUCAAGUGUCAUGUUAGCAAACAGCUUACCACAGCAAGCUGAGAAUGAUUUCCAAGGGUGUUUACGGGAGGUGCGCAUCAAUGGUCUUGUGCUGCCAUUGGAUGGAGAAGGUAAUGAGCACAGCUCAUUUGUCAGCUCCCAGGGAAUCAGCAACGGAUGCCACUCGGAUGUCUGCAGGAACCAGCCAUGCCCCUCUCACCUCAACUGUAUUGAUUUAUGGAGAAAACAUGAAUGCAGGUGCCCAACAGACAAAGUUGAAGUGAUGGAUAAUGUAACAGGACAGAAGCACUGUCACCCAUCACCUUGUAUGAGAUGGAGCUGUCAGAAUGGGGACAUUUGUGUAGCACAAUCCCAGCACAAGUAUAUCUGCCAGUGCAAGAAUGGCUUCAAGGGGAGAACCUGUGAUACCAUCCAGGCCAGAACUGGGAAGAUUAUUGGACUGAGCUCAGGAUCCAUUUUAGCCAUCAGCAUGUGUCUUCUGAUCUUCUUAGCCUUGUUGGUCUCAUACACGGUAUGGAGUCAGUGGGGAAGAUCAAAGUUUCGUAAAGGAGGAGUUUAUCACAUUCCUGCAGAACAUGAAAGCUGGGAAGAUAUCAGAGGGAAUGUCUUGAACUAUAACGAGGAGGGUGGAGGAAAACGUGACCAGAAUGGGUACAACCUUCAGGAACUGAAAAAGACAGUCAAAGUAAAAGCUCAUCAGUUAUAUUCUACCUCAGAUGUCCCCUCCACUUCAAACUGCUCGUGUCGCGCUCCUGACCGUCCUCAUGGUGCUGGUGGAUCGAGAGGAACAGACUAUCCUGAACAGACUAAAGCUGAGACCAACAUUCCCAACUUUCAGGAAUACUUUUCACAAAUAGUUUGGGCUGCAGAUAAUGACAAAAAAAGCCAACCUCCUGAGCUGCUCCACAUGUACUCUAUGGAAGGUGAUGGCUCAUUAGCUGGGAGCCUCAGUUCCCUGACCUCUUCCAGUAUUAAUGAAGACUUGAAUUAUGACCACCUCUGUGAAUGGGGACCCAAGUUUAAAAGACUCAAAGAUCUGUAUCAUGUAUAGGACACAGAGGCAUAGCAAGCAGCAGACCCACGAUCGUAGAG